AUGUCCGCAACGACCCAAAAUGUUUCUCGGUACCGCAGUUUGCGAGGCAAGAGUGUCUCCGAGUCACGAGCAGCCAUCGACAAUGCGCUUGGCCAUGACAGGCUUGAUCGACCGGAGCAAUCGAGCCCUCCCUUGAAGUCAACUUUCAAGAGACGCUCCAAAUCCCUGGGCCAGAUUAACACCUCCGAUGUUCGUCCUUUCACACCUCAUUACUCAGUUCCGCCUGUGCCACCGUUGCCUCUUUCACAAUACCAGCAGAGCAUCAUUUCGCGGCCGACGAAACCGGAAAAUAUUACAGUUCCAGAUUCCGGGACAGAGGUGCAAUGUGAGGAGCCUGACAGAUUGCUUUCGCCAAGAGCAGCUCCCUCUCCGCCUAUGCCUGACCCUCCAUCCAUGGCUACCGCAAUCACAGCCGACGUGGCCGUUUGUGAGGGCUACGACUCGGAAAGGGAGCGAUGGAAGCGAGAAGACGACAAAUGGAUGGCACAGGAAAGGCGGAUACUGAGCAAAGAGGAAUCUGACAAAUUGGCCGACAAGCUUGAGGAUGAGACGGAUCGAAUUUUGGCUGAGCAGAAGAAAUUGGACCUCGUAAGGCUUCACCAACAGCUGGUAGCGACGCAGUCGCCGGUGUUGCUCUCCCCAUCUGCCUUCAAGCCCAAAAGCCCUGUGUUGGAGAAAUUCAAUUUCUUCAACAGGGCCAGAAACUCGAAAGCUGCCACUCUCUCGCCAACAUCAUCAACGACCGCCUCAGUGGACAUCAGUCGCACUCACAGCUUGGAUCCAUCUCUUCCCCCUAGGGCGUUUCUUGAGCAAGGUGGCCAGGGCCAGCUGAUGACGCCUCCUCUGUCCCCAAUGUCUGCACACCAUUUUCACGAGAGGCGCGUCACUGUCCGCUGCCGAGGUGUAACUGUAAACCUCGUCGUUGUACAGGAAAGCAGUCCGGUGGACAUAUUGUUUCAAGCGUCCGAAUCUAUCACUCAGCAUAUCAACACAGCUGCUAGUCUCGUAUAUGAAUGCUACACACAGCUUGGCCUGGAACGGCGCCUCCGGCGAUAUGAGCGUAUCCGCGACGUACUGGAUUCAUGGGACCACGACGCCCAGAACUUGUUGCUCAUCAUUCCCUCCAGCUCUUCUGAUGACGACAAGGACCUCGAUAUCUCAUCAGUACCCACAACCAUUGCACCACCACAAGGCUUUGUCCUACAGCUUUACCACUCUUCGCGGCCUGGCAAGUGGAGCAAAAGAUGGAUCACGCUGCUUGAUAACGGGCAGAUGUUUUGCUCCAAGAAAGCAGAGGCAAAUGGUGACAAGUCCACCCAGUUUUUGUGCCACUUGACCGAAUACGACAUCUACACGCUCAUGAGCAAGUCCACAUCGGCCGCGGGCCAAGGUGGAACAAAAAGUGCUAGUUCCGUAACGAAGAACCUCAAGCCACCCAAGAAAUUCGUCUACGCUUUGAAACUGCAGCAAAAGUUCACUUUGUCUACUGAUUCUGCCAGCUUCGUCCACUUCUUCUGCACUGAUGAUCCGAAUAUCGCAAACAAGUUCACUGCACGUGUUCAUGGCUGGCGAAGCUGGUACAUGGUGAAAGCACGGAGGGAGACCCAGCGCAAGAGAAUAAUGGAAGAAGCGCCGCAGAUCACGCCCGUCAAGCAUAAGCCAAGAAAGAGCGUCAGCCAUAUGAAGGUUCCUGGUCAGAAACAUCGCAUGAGGGUAUCGAUCGAUGAGACGCCAUAUAACAUCGGAGACUUCCAGCCGUUGGUAGAAUUGGAGCGCUUUGAAAAGCCAAUUGAUGAAUUCGGCAAGGAUUGGAUUCCUGACCCGAGACUGUCGGCCAUGCCACCUGCACUCAAGAACGAGAACAUGGUCCCAGCACAAGCGCCACCUGCAAUCCAGGAAACCGUGAUGACAGACCAAGGCGUCAUGCAGAGCGGCACGCAAGAGCCACGCAGCAACCAAAUCAGUCGCAAGGAAACUUCCAGUGGCGAGGUUGAAACACAGCCGCUCAUAGAUGGGAAUCCAAUGGGAGUUGGUAUCGCUGUGUCUGUACCGGAUGAAUCUGACACCACCUGUACCAGUCCAAAGGCAAUCCGUGUCCCUGCCGACCCGGACUCGGGGCCGGGUCCUGAGGCACAAGCAAGAUCUUGGCUCCCAUCCGCAGUCGAACACACCGCCAGACAGAAAUACGAGCAAGAGCGUCUCGAGAGACUAAACAAUUUCUCACCACCCCCACAACAGCAGCGGCCAAGCACCAGCUCCGGCGUGGCACAGUCCCAGCGGCGGCACUACUACGGCACACCACCAUCGCGCGGCACGCGCCAGGGUGCCGGCAGGGUCGCCGCACACUCCGCGCUGGGCGACAUUGCUCGAAACUACCACACAGCGUCGCGGUGGGCCGAGGCGGGCGUGACACCCACGGGCAGCCCCAAGUUCCUCGAGGUGCCGGGGAGGGGCAUGUCGGGCCUGCACCCGCCUCCGCUGCAGUGGCAGUCCAUUCCCAUUUCCAGCAGCCGGCCCAGCACGAGCGGCGGCGAGCGGGGGCGCAACCAAUACCAACAGCAGCAACUCCUGAUGCAGAAGCAGAUGCGAAAUAGGACCGGGUCGGUGUCGUCCAUGCGGAGGGGCCAGGGUACCAUCGGGGGCCCGCCGACGGACCCGCCGCCUAUGCCGCCUCUGCCGCCGCAGAUGAGGGCGCUGCUGAGGGAGGGACAGCGGUCAUGCUCUGGGUAG